UAUUUAGUGCUCACUACCUAAUUUCCGUCCGCGUCAGUGAAAAGCCAGGUGUUCUUUUGUGUGGCCGAUCUAAUAUGGCUGUCUAGCUGGCCGCACAGCUUCCUUUGAAAGAGGCCGGGACACGUUCGUUCUCGUUUGAGGAGGAAGGCUCGGUGCGAGCACCGUAAAAGACGCACAUAAGACUAGUAGAGUUCAGCUGGCUGUAUUCUCAGCGGGACAAACGGACUGCCGAGGAAGUUGAAGAACACCAGCUGACACGAACCGGCCAACUGUUGCCGUCGAAUGAGUAGUAGUUUCGUUUAGCCGCCGUCCCCCCUGUCUAGCUGACAUCCCGUCGUUGUGUGUACGAGACAACCAGAAUGGAACUGCGUGUAGGAGGCAAGUACAGGCUGGGAAGGAAGAUUGGCAGCGGUUCCUUCGGAGACAUAUACCUCGGGACCAACAUCCAGACCAGAGUGGAGGUGGCCAUCAAACUAGAGUGUGUUAAGACCAACCACCCCCAGCUACACAUUGAGGCCAAGUUCUACAAGAUGAUGCAGUCAGGAGUGGGAAUCCCAUCCAUCAAGUGGUGUGGGACAGAAGGAGACUACAAUGUUCUGGUGAUGGAACUGCUCGGUCCCAGUCUGGAGGACCUCUUCAACUUCUGCAGUCGGAAGUUCUCUCUCAAAACAGUCCUGCUGCUCGCCGACCAGCUGAUAAGUAGACUGGAGUACAUUCACUCCAAGAACUUCAUCCACCGCGACGUGAAGCCGGACAACUUCCUGAUGGGGCUGGGUAAGAAGGGAAAUCUGGUGUACGUCAUCGACUUUGGUCUGGCCAAGAAGUACCGCGAUGCCCGGACUCACCAGCACAUACCGUACCGCGAGAACAAAACACUGACCGGCACGGCCAGAUAUGCCAGUAUCAACACCCAUCUGGGAAUAGAGCAGAGUCGCCGAGACGACCUGGAGUCCCUGGGCUACAUGCUGAUGUACUUCAACCUGGGGAACCUCCCCUGGCAGGGGCUGAAGGCAGCCACCAAGAAACAGAAGUACGAACGGAUCUCCGAGAAAAAGAUGUCCACUCCUGUGGAGGUGCUCUGUAGAGGAUAUCCAAGUGAGUUUGCGACUUACCUCAACUUCUGCCGGUCGCUCAAGUUUGAGGACCGGCCAGACUACACGUUCCUGAGACAGCUCUUCAGGAACCUCUUCCACAAACUCGGCUACGCCUACGACUAUGUCUUUGACUGGAACACACAGAAACUGGGAAGUGGUGGGGCAGAGGCCCAGGGCACUAGCCACGGAGCCUCACGAGGGAUGGCCAUGCAGGGAGGUCCUCCUCAAGGCUACAUUACCUCCGGACAUCAGGGGAUGACGCCGACAUCCCAGCAGGCAAUGGCUGGGACUCCUAUCAGACCACACGGAACCUCUCCCUCUACUCCCAGUGGAGCUGUUCCGAUGAUGAGGACCAAGUCCAAGGAGAGGGGAGGGGCGGCGCAGUGGGUGUCCACCAGUGGUCAGUACGGAGCAGGACACCUCCCUCAGAGAGGCCAAGACACUGCCAUAUACCCAAUGGAACUCCCACACCACUCUGGCAUGGAUUAUGGGGGUGUGGCAGGAGGGGGAGGAGUCAGCAAGCCGUCUCACUCGUACCGCAUGCGGAGCUCGUCUCGGCCAACCGAUCGCGACCUCCGCGACCCCGCAACAGCGCAGAACACAGACUAUACCCCUCCCACCACCAGAUUCAAAUCUGGCUACUCCAAGAAAUGAGUCGUUCUCCCCUUUGCUCACUCGCGUCUUCCUUCACUCACCUGUUAUUGUUUAUAUUGUGCACCUUCUUCACUGCCACCAGCAUUUUUGGCACCAUUUGGACUGUAUACUACGCACAAUGUAUGUCCCCAUGAGCCUUGCUUUUCAUUCUGUGCGUGCGUGUUGCAGUCUUCAUACAGCUGCAACAGUUCAUAGCUAAUAGGGAGUAUUUAAUUUGCAUUCUUGUACAUGCCAUGUAUGUUUGCUCAUCAUUGUUUAUUCUCUUGAGAAGUUACAUUUUCCUAACACGAAAUGUGAGCUCAAGACGUAAUGUGAA